UCAGCGGUUAGAUGCUGAACGCUAGAACAACAUGGAGGUUUCUCAUUUUAUUUCCCUUUUUCUCGUAUUCAUAUUGAUAAAGGUCAAUAUGGCAGACGGUAAGUUGUCUCUUAAAAGUAAGUCAAAGUCGGGGAAAAUGCAGAGAAUGUCGCAGGAGUUCGAUUGGUCUGACCUAUUCGAUCACCAGAUUGAUAGUCUGGAAACACACCUUCUCACUGAAUCCAAAAACAUGCUAAAUGGUUUAUUUGAAGAAACCGGAACCGGAAGUUCAGGAAAUGAGCAGGUGCGGAACGACAUGGAUGAUUUGAUUACACAGUUAGGAGAUUUACGGAGAAAUAUGGAUACAUUGUCAAAGGCACAGGCUCUGUUAGAGAAGAGAAUGAUUGCUAGUCUUCGUACACGGGCGGAAAAUCAACAAAGUACCAUGAAUGUAGAGAAAAUGAUCCGUGACCUUAAUAAACUGACCGGUAAAUUAGCUGAUAUGAGUGGAGCUGUAACCAGCCUCACUGAGAGAGCAAGCGACAUCAGUCUCCGGAAUCCGGAAGCUACAAAUCCCGUAGACUGCCAGGCGGUGAGGAAUUGCAAUGACCAAUACGGAGAUGGUGAAUACUUCAUUUACCCGAGAGUAUUGGAAGGUCAAAAGGUCAAGGUCUACUGCAGAGGGAUGGGCGGCCCUGACCCUAAGGAAUAUAUCACCUUACAUAACACUAACACCGCUACGUACAACUACUCUCUCCGAUACGACAACGACUACUGCAGAUUCCGAGACAGAGAUGGUGAUGCAGUGUCGACCUUCCAUAAAAUUCGGAUCGAUGUCGAGGACAUGUCUGUGCAAAGGUAUGACUUCCAAUUCGCAGACAUCAUUGUUGAAAGACCGAAUCAUGAGGAGCCGACGAAAUUUGGAGCCGGCGGAGGGUGUUCCUGGGACUAUAUGUAUAGGAAUUAUAGGGACUGCAUCGCCCCUGGGGGUUUCGUCGUUGACACUACAGGAACCGGCCUAGUGGUUGAUCCCGAGUUACAAUGGAGGACAUACGGGUACGGAGGGAGGAUUGAAGAGGUCAUCCGUUCCAAUAACAACGCACACGUGACAGCUGCAUGUGACGGCUGGUGUGCAUGGUGUUUUCCUGUAGGCGAAAUGAUUCUGAAAUUAGCACCGGAAGUUGGACUGAUUGGGGACGCAACAGAACCACAAUGUACAUAAGGCGUUAUAUGUCGUUUGAUUUUUGAGUGUAGGAAAUGUGAUUUCGUAACCUGACCAAAUUACAAUAUAAUAUUAAGUACUUGCAUACACAUUGCUGUCAUUAAACUAGUUCUUCAGCGGAA